AUGGACUCACCAAGGGCUAGUGUCGACGUGGGCGGCUUUGACAAACCCAUCGUCCAUUUCCGUCCCCAGCUCUGGCGCCAUCUGGAUAAAGAUCGCCCAAUCCUCAAUCUCGACCUGUUCUGGCCGAUCAAGUUGGACGAGAUCGACGAUGAUGAAGAAGAGGAGAACAGCGAUGGCGACCAAAAAGGCGUCUUUCCUUUCAAGGACCUCAAGCCUCUACAGAUGUUCCACAACCUCCACUACCUCCAGUUGAACGGCAUGACGCGAUCCUAUCAACCGAUCAUCUGGGCCACUUGUUGGCUGAACAAGAACCUCACCAAGCUCCACCUUGAAAUGGCACUCGAGCCGGAAAUGAAUGAAGAUACAAAGCACAAAUACCGCAAGAUCGACGAGACAUGGUCCUACGACGGCUCUGCUGAACGACAAGUCGAUGCCGAAUAUCUAGGCUUCCACGGAAAUGGCAUCCUACACCAAGAAUUCGGUGAUGGCGAGUACCUCGACCAACAAGCCAUGAAACAAGCUCAGAUCGACGUGGUCGAAACCCUCCCUCUCGAAAACAUGCGCUACCUCCCCAUCAGCCACCUCACCCUGAUGAACUUCGCAGUCGAUGCUGGCCCAUUCUUCCGCUGGUUCGACCCCAAGAAACUGGUCGAGAUCAACUUCCUGGGACAAUGCAUCGACACUGGCUUCUACCUGCCCGACGACAUGCGGUCGCACGUCAAAGUCAGCGGGCCCAAGCCCAAACCACGCCCACAACCCAUGAUUGCCAGGGUUGUCAAGCCAGGAGAAGUGAAGCUGGUGACGUUGAAGGGCGGGAUGGUGGUUCCUGACGAACCGACCGGGAGUGGCAAUGCGGCCGGGAAAGGCGUCAAGACCAAGCUGAGCCAGAUGAUGCGCUUGGGGAAGAAAGACACCAAGGACUCAAAGGAGUCGGGCAAGGAGACUGCGCAGCUAGAGCGCAAUAUGGCCAACAUGGGCCUUUGA